UCCCGGAUGUCACGUGAUCAACGGUUCAGUCGGAAGUGAAACGAUGGAGGAGCGCGAGGGGCCGGCGGUGACAGCAGUGACACAGUUGCUCCACAUCCUUUCGGAAUAUGGCUGGUACAUCUUCUUCAGCUGCGUGGCUUGCUACUUUGUCCUUCAGAGAAUUGGUUCCAUAAUGCGAUUGAAGAGCCGCCAGCAGCCACAGGCCACGGAGGCUGAACUUGAACCAUCAUUAAUUGUGAGGCGGCAGGAAGCAAUGGAUGCUGCUCGCCAUCGCAUGCAGCAAGAACUGGAUUCCCAAGCAGCGAAAUACAAAGAGAAACAGAAAGAAAUUGAAAAAGAGAAAAGAAGGGAGAAAAUCCAAGCCUGGGAAAAUUUGCAAGAAGGAAAGAGCUCCCGGAAGAAACCAAUCACGGAUCCUGAGCCAGAAUCCAACACACCAAGAGCAACAAAACCCAAAUCUGACAAGAAGCCCUUGAGAGGAGGUUUUAAUCCCCUGACGGGUGACGGCAGUGGUUCGAGUUUGUGGAGACCAGGUCACAGAGGGCCUUCUUCUGGAGCGUGAGGUUAGAGCGCGGUCAGUGGCGUUACCAGAGCCACUGGCCAUCUUUGGACACUGUCUACCCUGCUCCCUAGCUUGUCAAUUUCAAUCAUUUUAUUUGUUACAGCUAGUUAUUUUCUGUUAGACCUAAAUUUUAUCAUUCACUUUUUAAUGUAAAGAGCAGUGUUUACUCAAGUGAAACGUUAUAUGAAUUGACAGCUAUGAAUGAUGUUAUCCCUGUAAAUGGCAUUGCCAGUGAGGAUCUCUGAAAAUGGGCGUGGGUAGUGGGGUCAUUAAAACAUCUUAUUAAAUCUUUGGUUUUGAUACCAACAUAAAUACAUUAAUUUUGUUUUAGCUGAUGAUUAAAACCAUUAACUAUGUUUGAGAUUCCAAAUGUUUAAUUAGUAGUUAUGUUAAGUAUAUUUUCUACACUGGUUAUGGAUACCUGAGAAAAAACUUGAUUUGUGUGCGUAUAUCUGCAUGUGUUUGUUUUUUAAUUGUCCUAUCUACCUGUGCAUGUCUUUAUGCUUAUGUAAAAAUGAAGUUUGUGCAGAUACAUGUAUUUUUGUAGACAAUCCAUUUUUUUGUAGAUAAGAGAGCUAUUUAUAGAUGUGUGAAUAUCAUUCCAUGAACACUU